ACCACCUUCGAUUUUCCAGGUAAAGCCGACCGCGGCGUAUACUCCCAACCGUUGAUUAUCGCCACGUCAGCCCGACGUCGUGAUUUCGAGCUUCACUUUUCAAGCCGCCUUUCCCUUUCGUGCGACGCGCGGUGAAAAGUGCUAUCGAUCCGCGGCGAAAUCGCGCCGCACCGAGUCCAAGCUCGGCCGCGAAAAAGCGGCCGCUUUUCGUCGCGAAAGCUCCGAGCAAAGGUGAUUCCCAGCGAGGCAAUAUCGAUGGCGGAGCACUGAGAUCAUUGAGAGGUGACUGGAAGAUCUAGUCGCGCUCCACAGAAUCACCAUCGAGGUAUCCAGCCAGGUCACACACAAGGAUCAUGAAAAUGGUGCUGUCUCAACGUCAGAGGGAGGAGUUAAAUAAGGCGAUCGCGGAUUACCUUAGCACGAACGGCUAUCAAGAUGCACUGGAGGCAUUUAAGAAAGAAGCCGAUAUGCCGGGAGAGGUGGAGAGGAAGUACGGAGGCCUCUUGGAGAAGAAGUGGACCUCGGUCAUACGGUUGCAAAAGAAGGUAAUGGAAUUGGAGUCUAAACUCUCCGAGGCGGAGAAGGAGUUCAUAGAAGGUGCGCCAACGCGUGGCAAGAGAUCGCCGUCCGAAUGGAUACCGAGGCCGCCAGAGAAGUUCUGUCUAUCCGGACAUAGAGCCCCUAUUAAUAGAGUUAUUUUUCACCCGGUUUUUAGUCUUAUAGUAUCCGCCAGCGAAGAUGCUACCAUUAAGGUAUGGGACUUUGAAAGCGGCGACUUCGAGAGAACGUUGAAGGGCCACACUGACAGCGUGCAGGAUAUCGCAUUCGACACCUCGGGCAAGCUGCUCGCCUCCUGCAGUGCAGACAUGUCCAUCAAGCUGUGGGAUUUCCAUCAGUCGUUCGCUUGCGUCAAGACCAUGCACGGUCACGAUCACAAUGUCAACUCGGUUGCGUUUAUGCCGCAGGGUGAUUUCGUAGUAAGCGCCUCCAGGGAUAAGACCAUCAAGAUCUGGGAAGUGGCAACGGGCUACUGUGUGAAAACACUUACGGGACACAGGGAAUGGGUGAGAAUGGCGCGAGUCAGCCCGUGUGGUGAACUCAUUGCCAGCUGCUCGAACGAUCAGACUGUUCGAGUGUGGCACGUUGCGACGAAGGAGACGAAGGUCGAGUUCAGGGAACAUGAACAUGUGGUAGAAUGCAUCGCAUGGGCACCGGACAACGCGAGGGCGUCGAUCAACGCGGCUGCCGGAGCGGACAACAAGGGCGCGCACGAAGGGCCCUUCCUCGCUUCCGGCUCACGGGACAAGAUGAUCCGCGUGUGGGACGUCGGCGCCGGAGUGUGCCUCUUCACUCUCGUCGGACACGACAAUUGGGUGCGAUGCAUCGUCUUCCAUCCUGGCGGCAAGUUUAUCGUCAGCGCGUCCGACGAUAAAACGCUGCGAGUCUGGGACACGCGCAAUAAGCGAGUGAUGAAGACCCUCGAAGCGCACCUUCACUUCUGCACUUCUGUCGAUUUCCACAAGAACCAUCCUUACGUGGUCACCGGGAGCGUCGAUCAAACGGUGAAGAUUUGGGAGUGCCGCUAGUCACCGAAUUUUAGAUUUUCCGUCAGACGUCGUGUGCGGAAGCGAACGGAAGUAUAAAACGAGAGAAAAGACGAACGCGCAUCCAUUUUUAUGGAAUCGGCCGAAAGAGUAAGCUGCUACAAAAGCUAUCGUACAUAUGCUAUUAAUAUUAAUAUUAUUAUUAUACAUAAACACACAUAAACACGUAUGGUUAAGAACUCUUUAAUUAAUUUAUAAAAUAAAGUAUAAUUAGUAAUUAUAUUAUAAAAUACAUCGUUUUACGGCAAUGAACUGCACUAUUCGAGGAGAGUGAAUCGAAGAGAAACGGUCAUGAGGAUCAAACGAUCGAGAGGACGCUCCCACGAGUUCUCAUUACGGAUUACCUACGGGACGUGGGGUCACUCUAAUGCCAUAUACAAUUACAAGAGUUAUAUUCCUUUAGGCAGUUGUGCAAUUGUAGUAGGCAUUAUUCUGUACAUAUAACGUGUCUUUACUCGCAGCGCGAAAAUUCGAUGUCGUUGACGGGUAUAACUCGCCUUUGAUUUAGGGGAUCUAUUCUGUGACUCCUGACGACAGUUUCAGUAUUGUUACGUUGUCAUUGCGCAUCUUUUUAUCAUAUAAAAUACCUGCGCAACGGCAGAGUUACAAUAACAAUACCGAUAUUGCCGUCAAUACUUGCAGAGUAGGUCUUACUCUUACUCUCUUCGCCUGCUUAUGCAAUGUAUCCGUUAAAGUAUUAGUUACCAGCUGAUCGUACACAUACACAUACACACACGUACACGCGCGCGCGCGCAAAGAGAAAAGAUCGUCCUCGAUUAUGACCUUGCGUAAGAACGCGUCGAAUCUCUUUAACUUUCUGUCAGCAGUGGCGAAAAUUUCGGCUGUGGCGUCAUCACCGCGCAACUACGAUGGUAACUAAUUCAUUGUCACUUAAAUAUCCGCGCGCUCUCCUCGAGAGUUCUUGAGAGAACGAAAGAUGUUGCUCCUUCUUUACUCAUAUAUAUAAAUAUAUAUAUAAGCAUAUUAUACACAGACACAUACAUACAUACACACACAUAAUAAUGUAUAGACGCGCAGUAUCUUUGUAUCAUACAAAGUAUCGAGUGUUAAUGAUCAUCUAAUGUCGGCUCACGUGUAUGCCCUGAGUUGUUAUCACAUUGCCGCAUUAAUAAAACAUUUGUUUCUUUUGUGGGACACGUAACGUAACGUCGCAAGUAAUAUAAACCAGAUGACAAUGAUAUAAACGAAAAUAGUACGACAAUGCGAAUAAUGCUCUCGACAAGCGAAUGUAUUGUUACACGUCUAUGCGUAGAUCGGAUCCUCUUGAAACGGCGUGCCCCUUUGGAAAUUCAAUGGAUUUACAUAUGUUUAUGUACAAUCGAAUAUCAUAGUUGGAAAGAUGCCAAUCAAAAUUGACCUACGGCUAACGUGUGUACAUGUGCAUCGAUUGAAAUAUAUUAUUAUUCAUUUCUGAAUGAGGCGCGCACGGAUUGAGAAUUGGGGUAAUCGCUCGACGAGAUUCAAAGAACGUCCGGAAUGUAAAUUGGAACGAUAGAAAAUGCUCACUACACGCUUGGCGUUUUACAAUCACCAUGCAUUAACAGCAACAACGUUAUACAAUGGGCAGCCGAAUCUAGAGAAUGCGACGAUUGAAAUUUGAGCGUUCGAGUAGAGCCGAUGGAAGAGGAGAGCGACUCGUGAGGCGUAACGUGUGAAAGUUUUAGAAGCGCAUAGUUCAUUGCGUGGGUUCCAAGAGAGAAGGUGGUACUAGUUGUAUCUUUUAGUUCUAACUGGUAUUAGUGGUAACGCAGACAUUACGUAGACGGUAGAUGGAAGAUAAGGGAAUAAAUCUCGGAGAGAACACGAAGUUCACGAUUGAUCGACACACAUACACGGACACACACACACACACACACACACACACACACACACACACAGACAGACAGACAUAGAUAAACGAGGCAAAGCGUCCGAUUUUUCAGGCAUAUGAUAAGAAGGGACAUUCGCACACGUGUAUAAAACGUGUAAUCUGCAAGAAAGAGGAAAUCAGUAAUUGAUAAUCGCUUAAUUAAGAAUGAUUUUUUUCCAACACGGUACACUUAAUUACUUGACUGCUACCUUCUCCUAUUGUUUAUUCAGCCGAGUAUAAGACAAGAAAUUCCCCACCCGAGAAGAAAUACCCCCUCAAUUAAUAUGUGGUACUAAAUUAUUUUGGUGAAUAAUAAACAGAGUUGUCACAGAGUCGUGUGAGAUCGUUAUAUGUUACAAGUCAAAUCAUCACACACCUAUACGAUUCGCAUCGUUCUCGGAAUGACAUAUAAUUUCCUUUUCUACGUUUACAGGUCUCAUAAUUAAUCCGAGUUGUCCGAGUUACGCGUCUAGGAGCGCGCGGACGAUUCCGUUGUAUCCUCUAGAGUUUCCGUAGUCUCGAUCAAAGCAUUAGGUUUAAGGAUCCCUCCCUCCUUUGCAGUACAUAUUAUUCGACAUGUGCAUGACAGUAUUUUAUAUAGUACAAUAGAACAGAGAGAGUUAGUAAAACGUAGCAUUGUAAGCGAGACGCAUACCAAACACCCAUUGUGCGUGUUUAUACGUAGAUGAUGUAAUAAGAAAAAAAAGAGAAAAAAAAUUAAGAAAAAAACAACACGAAAAAUUAUGUUGUAGCGUCGUCCGUCAUAAGAUUCGUCGCGUUGGCUUGUGUGACUCGCUUUCUGCUUGGGAAAUUAAUGAUACCAACAAGUAGAUUUACAAUAAAGUAUUCUUCGUCAUUUGUGAUACACA